UUUAAUCUCAUCCUGGUAAGAUGAUCAAUAAUUAAACAAUACAUGACACAUAUCAUUGUCUGAUUGUCCUAUUCAUAGGAUAGAUGACAAAAAAUUAGAUGAGAACUAAAUUAAAGGUUUUGGCACACCCAAAGCCCCAAACAUGACGUGAUUAGUAAACUAAUCACACUUAACUAAUCCUCCACCCCUUAUUAGCAGCCUAUAAUAAAUAACAACACAGUUUUUUCAUGUAAAAAACAAAGGUAAAGACAUAGCUAAAACAAAAACGGAGCACCCAAAGAUGAUAGGAGUAAUAUAAUACCCAAACUUUUCUGGGCUACAAAGUCAUAGCCCUUUCUGUCUCUUUAUUUAUCUCUUUCUAACAUUAAUUUUCUUUCCCUUAUCAAAAUUUUCUCUCUCUCUCACCAAACACUGAACUCAACACUCCUUUUCUGACAUACCUUCUGUACAAACUUUCUUUGUCUUUCCCUCUCAUUUUUGUCACGUUUCUCCCAAAAGUUUCCUCCAAACCUUUCGAUUCUCUCAACUAAAUUUUCUCCCUCAUUAUCUCUUCUUAUCGAUCAUGCUUCAAAGCUUGGUCCCUCGACCCCCUCUCACUUCUAAACCUAAUAUGAACACAAAACGCCCUGAACGCGAACACGACGACGCCGAUUCUUCCCUUCCGGUACAAUCUUUCAAAAGACCUAACUACUCCGGCGAGAAGACAGUGGCGGAAGGCGAAGGACACGACGAGGAGCAAGCGUUUGAGCCUACAACUGAAGGUGAAUCCAUUGGUUUGAAACUCCUAGGGCUUUUACUCCAAUGCGCUGAGUGUGUUGCCAUGGAUAACCUCGACUUUGCUAAUGAUCUCUUACCGGAGAUAACCGAACUCUCCUCACCGUUCGGGACUUCACCGGAGCGGGUCGGUGCUUACUUCGCACAGGCUCUACAAGCGCGAGUUGUGAGCUCUUGCCUUGGUAGUUACUCGCCGUUAACGGCUAAAUCGGUAACCCUAACUCAGUCGCAGCGAAUCUUCAACGCGUUUCAAUCCUACAACUCGGUUUCACCGCUGGUGAAAUUCUCGCACUUCACAGCUAAUCAAGCUAUCUUCCAAGCCGUGGACGGUGAGGAUCGUGUCCAUAUCAUCGACCUUGAUAUCAUGCAAGGACUUCAAUGGCCAGGAUUGUUUCACAUCCUCGCUUCACGAUCCAGGAAGAUCCGCUCCGUGAGAAUCACCGGUUUCGGAUCUUCCUCAGAGCUUCUCGAAUCAACGGGAAGAAGACUUGCCGAUUUCGCGAGUUCACUCGGACUUCCGUUUGAGUUUCAUCCUAUUGAAGGCAAAAUCGGAAGCGUAACGGAACCGAGUCAACUCGGUGUUAGACCAAACGAAGCCAUCGUGGUUCACUGGAUGCACCAUUGCUUGUACGAUAUAACCGGAAGCGAUUUAGGAACGUUGAGAUUGCUGACUCAGCUUAGGCCAAAGCUAAUCACCACCGUUGAACAAGAUCUUAGCCACGCUGGUAGCUUCCUCGCGAGGUUCGUGGAGGCUUUGCAUUAUUACAGCGCGUUGUUCGACGCGCUCGGGGAUGGUUUGGGUGCGGACAGUGUUGAGAGGCAUAUGGUGGAGCAGCAGCUGUUGGGGUGUGAGAUAAGGAACAUUAUCGCCGUGGGUGGGCCCAAGAGGACUGGUGAGGUGAAAGUUGAGAGAUGGGGGGAUGAGUUGAAACGGGCCGGGUUUCGACCCGUUUCGCUUCGGGGCAACCCGGCUGCACAAGCGAGUUUGUUGUUGGGGAUGUUUCCUUGGAGAGGGUAUACACUUGUGGAGGAGAAUGGUUCUUUGAAGCUUGGUUGGAAAGAUCUUUCUCUUUUGAUUGCGUCUGCUUGGCAACCGUCUGAUUUGAUUACUUACACUUGAUGAUGAUGAUGGUGAUGUUCAUAGUUUGUGUCUUCGGUGGGGGGAAAAGUGUUGAUAAGUUUCUCUCAUGCCUCUGCAAAGCUUGUUAUGUUGAAUCUCCAAGAAAGGACAUAGUUGGCAGAGAAGAGAAUCUUUUAAAUUAGUGAAAUUACUUAUAAGUGAGAAAUCCUUCACAUUAUCAACUGUGGUUCCUUAUAAUUUUUAAAAUUUUUGUAAUGUUUAAUUGAUUUAUUGAAAUAUAGAGGAAGCUAAUUGUUUG